GACGCCGCUCUAGUCAAGGGGAGGAAACAACGAUCGCGUACAGCGUCUUGCCUCUCUAGGAAGGAGGGCUCCGUGAUCCAGGCUCCGUGAGGCCAGGACGGCGCGGGAAAUUUUGGCGGGAACGAUUUGCAACUGCUCUGCUGAGGCGCAGAAACUCUGAGGCAGCGGAGCCCGCAUUCUCCCCCAUCCCCGAAAGCGGGAAAGGGGCGAUCGGUGGCGGAGGCUCUGCCGUGACUGAAAGAGGCCUUUGGGCGACGCUGAAGUCGGAGACCAAAUGGAAGCCCAGGGAUCUCCGGGGGCGGGAACAGCAGCAGCAGCCCCCGCUACCCUUCAGGCGAGGAGCGGCGGCCCGAGCGGCCUCCCCGAGGAGCCCCGCAGCUCCGAGGCUGAGCGCUGGCGGCUCCGCAUUUGCGGCUCCCUGGAAGCCGAGGGGCCCCGGGCGCUUUGUAGCCGCCUGCACGGGCUGUGCCGGGGGUGGCUGCGGCCCGAGCGGCGCAGCAAAGCCGAGAUGCUGGACCUGGUGGUGCUGGAGCAGCUGCUGGCCCUGCUGCCCCCGGAGCUGUCGGGCUGGCUGAGGGAGUGCGGGGCGGAGAGCUGCGCCCAGGCGGUGGCCCUGGCCGAAGGCUGCCUCCUCGGCCCCGCAGCCGCCCCGCAGCCCGGAAAGGGGUGGCAGAUUCAGGAGCCAUUCACAAGAGAGAUCUCAGCAGAUUUCUGGGAAAGAGGAAAUCGAUGCACUCAGGAGCUGCUUUUCAGGAGUAUCCAGCUUGGAACACUACAACAGGGCUCUGAUCCCUUUGAGGAGGUCACUGUGGACUUCACAGAAGAGGAGUGGGCACUGCUGGAUUCAGGCCAGAGAGAGUUGUGCAAAGAAGUCUCACUGGAGGCUUUUAGGAUUAUGUCUGCCCUGGAUGAUGGAAUGGAGAAUGAGAAUAAGAAGCAGGAAAGGUUAAUGCCACUGCAAACAAGAAGCUAUGAAAUAGAAAUGAUGUUUGAUCAUCAAGUAAAUUCAAAAAGACAAGAGAGAAGCCACUCAGAAGAUAGAGGACAGGAAUCCUCCACACCUCAUCAUUUCUUUUCGGUUACUUUACCUGAGAAAUUUCAGAUGAAAUACAAGCCACAUAUCAUUGUAAAGUUGGGGAAGGAUUCUAGACUGAACAGAGAAACUAACAUAUACAGAAAAUGUGGAAAGAGCUUCAGAAGUGCGGCUACUCUUAAUGAAUAUGAAAGGAGCCAGGUAGCAGAAAAAUCUUAUAGUUGCGAGGAAUGUGGAAAGGGCUUUGAUUUAAUAGGAAAGCUUAACUUUCAUAAAAAGUUUCACACAGAUGAGAAACUAUAUAAAUGCAAACAGCAUGGAAAGAACUUCUGUUUCAAGAGAAUUCUUCAUUUAUAUAGGAGGAUCCACAGAAGGAAGAAAAAACAUAGCUGCAGGGAGUGCGGAAAGCGAUUCUUUGCGAACACAACUCUUACCAUUCAUCAAAGAAGUCACACAGGGGAGAGACCAUAUAAAUGUCUAGAGUGUGGAAAGAAUUUUAUUUCAAAUGGAAAUCUUAAUUCUCAUAAAAGAAUCCACACAGGGGAGAGACCGUUUAAGUGCAUGGAAUGUGGAAAGCAGUUUAUUAGGAAAGGAUAUCUUACUGAUCAUGAAAGGGCUCACAUAGGAGUGAAACCAUAUAACUGCACAGAGUGCGGAAAGAACUUUAGUUUCAAGCGUAAUCUUAAGCGCCAUGAGAGAAUCCAUAGAGGGGAGAAACAACAUAGCUGCAUGGAGUGUGGAAAAUUUUUCACUGAAAAAAGUUAUCUUUCUGAUCAUGAAAGGGUUCACACAGAAGUGAAACCAUAUAAAUGCACAAAAUGUGGAAAGAACUACCGUUUCAGGUGCAAUCUUAAUCGCCAUGGGAUGAUCCAUAGAAGGGAGGAGUGUGGAAAAGGAUUCUAUGAGAGGACAGACCUUACUAUCCAUCAAAGGAUCCACGCAAGGAAGAAACUGUAUAGUUGUGAGGAAUGUGGAAAGGCCUUUGUUUUAAUAGGAGAACUUGAUUUUCAUAAAAGGAAUCACACAGGUGAGAAAGUAAAUAAUUGCAUAGAGAGUGAAAUGAGUUUCAAUUUCAGGAAUAACCAUGAUAACCUGGAUAACCAUGAGAGGAUCCACAGAAGGGAGAAAAAACAUAGCUGCACGGAGUGUGGAAAGAGAUUUUUUGAGAACACAGCUCUUAUCAUCCAUCAAAGGAGUCACACAGGGGAGAAACCAUAUAAAUGUCUGGAGUGCGGAAAGAGCUUUAUUUCAAAUGGAAAUCUUAAUUCUCAUAAAAGAAUCCAUACAGGGGAGAGACCGUUUAAGUGCAUGGAAUGUGGAAAGCGGUUUAUUCGGAAAGGAUAUCUUACUGAUCAUGAAAGGGUUCACACAGAAGUGAAACCAUAUAAAUGUGCAGAGUGCGGAAAGAGCUUUCGUUUCAAGCGUAAUCUUAAGCGCCAUGAGAGGAUCCAUAGAGGGGAGAAACAACAUAGCUGUGUGGAGUGUGGAAAAUGUUUCACUCAGAAAAGAGAUCUUACUGAUCAUGAAAUGGUUCACACAGGAGUGAAACCAUAUAAAUGCACAGAGUGUGGAAAGAACUACCGUUUCAGGUGCAAUCUUAAUCGCCAUGGGAUGAUCCAUAGAAGGGAGGAGUGUGGAAAAGGAUUCUGUGAGAAGACAGACCUUACUAUCCAUCAAAGGAUCCACGCAAGGAAGAAACUGUAUAGUUGUAAGGAAUGUGGAAAGGCCUUUGUUUUAAUAGGAGAACUUAAUUUUCAUAAAAGGAGUCACACAGAUGAGAAAGUAAAUAAUUGCAUAGAGAGUGAAAGGAGUUUCAAUUUCAGGAGCAGUCUUGAUAACCAUGAGAGGAUCCACAGAAGGGAGAAAAAACAUAGCUGCAGGGAGUGUGGAAAGAGAUUCUUUGAAAUCAGAGAACUUACUAUCCAUCAAAGGAGUCACACAGGGGAGAGACCAUAUAAAUGCCUGGAGUGUGGAAGGAGCUUUAUUUCAAAAGGAAAUCUUAAUUCUCAUAAAAGAAUCCAUACAGGGGAGAGACCAUUUAAGUGCAUGGAGUGUGGAAAGCAGUUUGUUCGGAAAACACAUCUUUCUGAUCAUGAAAGGAUUCACACAGGAGUGAAACCAUAUAAAUGCACAGAGUGUGGAAAGACCUUCCGUUUCAGGGGUAAUCUUAAUAGUCAUGAGAAAAUCCACAGAGGGGAGAAACAACAUAACUGAAUGGCAUGUGGAAAAGGAUAUGAGAGGAGAGACAUUACUAUGCAUCAAAGGAUAUGCACAGGAAAGCUCCUAUAAAUGCUCUGUGUGUACAAGCUUCCAUUUCAAAAGUUCUCUUAGUUCCGAUGAGAGGAUGUACAGACUCCUACAGGGAGUCUGGAAAAGGAUUCUGUGAGAGGAGAGACCUUACUAUAUCCAUUAAGGGAUCCAUAGAGCAGAAAGAUUGUAUAAAUUGGAAGACUAUGGAAAGGGCUUCAGUACAGACUUUGAUGUGGCUCGACAUAAGAGAUCCGCACAAAAUAAACUGGAACAUGGAAAAAGCUUUACUGAGGUGUCAACUUUGAAACGGAUCAGGCAUGUAGCAGCUAUUUUCUCUGUUUCUCAGCUUGGCACACUUUGGGGGAAGGUGGGAACUUUGGAAUACAACAUACAGACAUACAGCAACUUACUAUGUUGUGGGAACCAAGGUUAUCAUAACAGAUGCUGGCCAGAGACUGGAAGAGGUCACAAUGUGACCUAUGACGAGGGAGGAAGCUGUCUAAUCUUUCAUUUUUGAAAGAGUGGGAAAUAACCAGAGCUGGUUUGUUUUUCAACUGUGCUGAAAGGAUGUAUUCAAUAAACCAAUUCUUUGAGAAAGCGAAAAGUCUCAAGACUUGAGUUGCUGAAUUGGUUGGGUUCAUUUCCUGGAACCUUGACAUCCAGAAGGACAAAUUAAGUCCAUACAAUUAGUCCUCUGCUUACAGGUAUUUGUUUAAUGAAUUUUCAAUGUUACAGUGAAAAAAAUGAAAUAAAAUAAAAAAUGUGACUCUUGCAGCAUCCCCAUGAUCAUGUGAUCAAAAUUUAGGCACUUGCCAACUGGCAUGUAUUUAUGAUGGUUGCAGUGCUCUGUGGUCAGCUGAUCUCCAUUUGUAAACUUCCAAAUGUCGAUGGAUAAGGGAGAGUCACUUAACUAUAUGAUUCACUUCAAAACUGCAGUGAUUUGCUUAACUGGCAUAAAUGUUUGCAAACUCGGAUGUGACAAGACUUAACUGUCUUGCUUAGCAAGGGGAAUGUUGGGCUGAAUUGUCAUAAAUUGAGAACUACCUGUAUUACUGCCCUUCCUGAUGAAAUAUCAAAAGAAUUGAUUCCAUUAAAAGAUUUGUUCUGUUUGUUCCCUAUGAGCAAAUUAAGUUCCUCUGCAGAAAUGUCAAACCUUUACAUCUAAACUUUUAGCCAGGGAGUUUGAAUCAGGGUAAGAGAUGUCUCCAUUUUUCCCUGCUCUAUGUACUAAUUGGCAAGUAAAUCACAUUAUUGCAUUUGAUUUCAUUAUUAUGCAGAAAUAUUCCAAUGCCCCAAUUUAUAUUCAGAUGAUAUUAAUUGCCCAAAUGUAUUGUUCCUACUGCAUUUGUUUUAAUCCAGAUAAUUAGGAAAUAUUUGGAGAUGUUAAAAUGCAGGCUUUCGGAGGGCAAAUAGUUGAAAGUAUCAGCAUUAGCAAUUUUAAAAAUGUCUUGGCCUUGACAUAUAACACUGUAUGCAGAAGACUAGUUCAAAGUUUGUAGUGGACUUGUGGCAGUCAUACUUUUUAAUCUUUACCAAAAUCCUGAAAAGGAAUUUGCACUGUUUCUUGGCUGUGGAUAGCAGAGAUUCAUCUGGUCUCACCAUAAGAAAUUAAAUUAUAAAGUUAAAUAGUCUUUCAAGAAUAAUUAUAAAACAAGGAGAGUGGUUAGUUCUCACAUGCAAAUAUACAGUAAAUUAUAAGACAUAAUUUUGCUGCAUUUUGUUGUAAAUUGUUGCGAAGGCCCGAAGGCUGAAGAUGAUUGAUCAGACUUUAUAGCAAACAAUGUCCAGAAUCAACAGCACUUUACUGAACAUUAGACAAAGUUUAUAUAGUUUCUUAGUUUCUCAUUUCUCACCUAACAUACGUGUUACUUCAUUAUUGGUUAAUUAAUCUCCAAGGCACAAUAAUUGGUUAGUAAUUACAUCAUUGGCUUUUCGUGUGAAUAUGCGUUUAUGCUAGAAAGCAAAUGCAACAGUGUUCAAGGGCUACAACUUUGUUUCAUCCUGUAUUCUUGUAUAUGCUGGCUACCCACAUUCCAAAAUGUAUACAUGAUGAACAACAAAAUGUUAACCCUUCACAAACCCUUCAGUAAGUCAGUUUUAACAUCCUUAUUUAUAAAUGACACCUCAAAGAGCCAUAAACUGCUUUGGUUAAAUUUUUUCUCUGAAAAUAUAAUAUUGCAAAAUAAGCUGUCAUUAGAUCAUUUAUUAGAGCAUAGGCAGUCUGCAUAUACAUUAAUGAACGCUUUCUGGAAUUUUCAUUAAGGCUGAGUUUCAUAAGUUAGAAUAGUUAUCUCCUCAAGUACGGCUGGAAUAUUUUCAAGAAACUUUACUUGUCAUUAUUACUACAUUUGUAUUCCUUACACUUUGAUGUUGUCUUACAGAAUGUAUUCAGGUCUUGAUUAGUUAGAAAAACAGUUGGAUUUACUUUCCUUUGUGGUGCAUCUCUUAGUUUCAACAGCAAACUCACAAGUACCCUGUCUUGGUACAAGUACCCUGUUUUGGUUUUUUUGUCCUCUUUUUAGAUUGUUGAUUGUCAUAUUGCAGAAAAUGUUGGAUAACCUGACUGAGAUGGUGUAGGGUUUCCUGCCUGGGCAGGGGGUUUGACUAGAAGGCCUCCAAGGUCCCUUCCAACUCUGUUGUUAUAUUAUAUUGCAACUUUAACCUGGAAGGGAGGUGUAAGCAGUUAGCUACAAACCCUGGCGCCAGGGGUGAAAUCCAACAGGUUCUGAUAGGUUCUGGAGAACUGGUAGCGGAAAU